AUGUUCCGUACUGUGAUCGGUCGCAUUGCUGCAAGUGCUGCCGGACUGCAAGUAUGUGCAGCUGGUGUUGCUCUCACCGACAAGGAGCUUUCGAAAAAGCCGGAAUGGUACCGGAAGGAUGUGCUCGCUUUAGAAGAUUCGCUGAAGAAGCUUGGCCGACAUGGUUUCAAUACUUCUCAAUCAGCUGUGAACGAUGCCUACGAAACUUUAAAAAAAUAUUCUCACAUUUCUAAUGUUGAAGUUCACUGGCGAAUGGCUAGAGCACUUCUUGAGAAAUCUUAUUUCACUAAAAGUCCAACUGAAAGGGCGCAUUUAGUUCACGAGGUAUGUUACUGCUUGAUUGUUUUCUUCUGGAGCUGUUAUAUUUUGACACGUAAGACAAGCCGAAUUAUAGUACGUUCUGAAAUUUUUAGGCCAAGGAUUGCGCAAAGAAGGCUCUAUCCUUCGAAACCGAAAAGCCAAGCGCCGGAGCGCACAAAUGAUUGUUUUAUGUAUGCGAUCGCCCUUUCCAACUUGGAAGAAAUCGAUCCUAAGGCCGAUCACUCGGCGGAAAUUCUGAAGCAUUUGGAACAUGCCGCUAGCAUCGAUAAGGAGGACGCCUAUACAGUGUUCCUGUUGGGUGUUGCUCAUUACAAGAAGAAAAAUUACUCAGAAGCCCUCUCUCAAUUCCAGAAAGCCGAAACCAUGAGGAAGCAUUUCUCAUCGAGCAACCUGUAUUAUAUGGGCAUGGCUUACCACUCUUCUGGAAACAAAGAGGAAGCAAUCAAACAUUUCAUCGCUUCGUACAAAGUCCGCCCUAAGAAUGAGCACGAACUCAAGUCACGUGCUCUGGCGAAAACAAAAAUGCUACUGAAGCUGAAAGUGGAUCAAAAAGACUACGAAGUGGAAGAAUACUGA